CCCGGGGCGAAUGGCGAUCCAGCCGAUCCCGUCGCCCUGUCCCAUGGCGCGUCUGAACCCAACCAGGUCGCGCGCGGCCGUCGCUCUCGGAGUCUCAGGCCAAGGAGGUCAGGCUCAGGCGGGCCGCGCGGUAUAUAAACGCCGCGCUCUAGCUCAGCUGUGCACUCGGCGACUACUCGAGUAGCUCAGCAGUCCCAGGUUGCUGUGCGAGUAAACUCCCCGCCGAGCUUGAGCUGCGCAGAGCAGAGGUGGGGAGCGAUGGACCCGUACAAGUACCUCAAGAUCCGGUUCAACCCCGACGGCUCGCUGUACCGGUACGGGGAGGCGCCGCUCCUCCCGGCGGCGCCGGCGGGGGAGCCCGUGGCGGUCGCGGCGGAGGGGCGCGAGGACGGCGAGCAGGGGCCGCGCCGCAUUGUGGUCCACUCCAACGACGUCCCGCUCAGCGAGGCCGCCGGCACGGGCCUCCGCCUCUUCGUGCCGUCCGGCGGACACGCCCGGCUGCCGCUGGUCCUCUACUUCCACGGCGGCGGGUACGUCCUCUUCCGCGCGGCCUCCGAGCCGUUCCACAACACCUGCACGGCGCUCGCCGCCGCAGCCCCGGCGGUCGUCGCGUCCGUCGACUACCGCCUGGCGCCCGAGCACCGCCUCCCAGCCGCGUUCGAGGACGCCGCCGACGCGGUGCUGUGGGCGCGCCCGCACGCGGCCGCCGGCCGGCCGGUGUUCGUGAUGGGCAGCCACAACGGGGCCAGCAUCGCGUUCCGCGCGGCGCUGGCGGCGGCGGACGCCGGCGUGGAGCUGCGCGGGGUGAUCCUGAACCAGCCGCACCUCGGCGGCGCGGCGCGGACGCCCGCGGAGGCGGCCUCGGUGGACGACCGCGUGCUGCCGCUUCCGGCCAACGACCUGCUCUGGGAGCUCGCGCUGCCCGUGGGCGCCGACCGGGACCACGAGUACUGCAACCCGGAGCCCAUGCUCGCCCGCGUCGGCGCGGCGCGACUGCGGAGGCUCCCGCCCUGCCUGGUGCUCGGCCGGCGCAAGGACCCGCCGCGGGACCGGACGAGGACGCUGGCCAACGCGCUGCAGAAGGCCGGCGUCGCCGUGGAAGCGAGGCUCGACGGCGCCGGGUACCACGCCAUGGAGCUGUUCAAGCCCAACUGCGCCGCGGAGUUCACCGCGCAGGUGGCCGACUUCGUCCGCCGCCACUCCGCCGCCGGCGCCGGCGACGUGGUUGGUGCAAGCAAGCUGUGACAGACGGCGGUCAAACCGAUCGCCCGGGCGGCCGCGGUGGAGGUUGCUGUACGGCGCUUUUGGUGCAAGUUGCAGCGAUGUUUACGGGCAUUUCUCAAUCAUAUCACCAUCGUCAUGCUACAAUGCGGAGCGGCGACUUGCUCGAGCUCGCCGACGACGUCCAACGGAGAGGUAGACCCGGUGCAGUGCGGAGGUCGGUAUCUCUCCGCUUCGAUUCCGGAUAGGGCCGCGACUUGGCUGCCUUUUCUUUCUUGUUUUUUCUUCCAGCGAGUCGAUCUCGACGAGAAUUCGUGGUCCGAGCCACCGGAAGUACACGGAGAGGAGGCUCUAGAUCUGUUGCUGCCCUGUAGUUCACGCCAGAUGAUUCUACGUAGUAUAUUGUUUGUUUAGCUGAUAGAGAUUGGUUUGCACUUCUGAAUAACUGAAAUCGCUUUAAGUCGAGUCAAAAUUCAUAUAUAUUACUCUUAUUUUAGCAAAUCUAAGUAUAUAAUUUUUUCUAUAUAUCUAAA